AUGGACGCAUCGCUGAUUCACAACGACAAAUAUUUUUCAUAUUGGCUAACGUUUGUGGCUCUCUUCCGAGGCUUUUCUAUUGUAACGGGAUACAUCCGACCACAAAUUAUUACCAAGAAUGUGUAUUCUAAAAAGAAGGAACCACUGGAUCCGUUAUUUGGAAGAAUGUUUGCAAAUUGGACCGGAGGAAGUAUUUGUGCUUGUUUAAUCUUGGCUUUAUAUCCACAAUCACUUCCAAUGCAUUACAUGAAUUUAUGUGCAUUUGCUAUUGCUUUAGGACAUGCCUUGUUGGAAUUUGGAUAUUUCAAAACCAUGUCCUUCGUGAAUGCUAGUCCAAUGUUCUUCUUUGCAGGUUCAUCUUUGGCUUGGGUGAUGAGUAGAAUCAUGUCUGGAAAGUUGAUGUAA